AUCCCAUCCCAAUCUAUCUCCCCGUCGAACCUCAGCGGCGGGUUGACAGCAGUUCGCUAGGGACGGGCUGCCGCGAUUCCGAGCUCAAGCUUCUGACCUGAGGGCAUGGAGAAUUGCGCCGCCCGCGUCCAGAGGCAGCGCCGUCGGCGUCGCACAUGCGCGUUCGCCUCGUGCGGUCCGAGCAAUUGGCAAUUGCGCGCGCAGAGGCCUGGCGAUUGGCCGCUGUUGCGCCUGCCAUUAUUGGGGCGAGUCGCACCUUCCCCGGUUCCCAGGCGACCCUCCAAUGCCGUCACAUGCAUCGUCACUCGGCUGCAAGCUAUUGACUGCAAUUUUCCCUCUCGCUCGUCCACCACCCGGUUUAUGUGUGACGGCCAGCCUCCAAUGCGCCGGCUCCGCUGCGUCCAGGCGUGCGGCCGCAUGAUUCAAGCAAUCUCCGCAGUGUUUCUCGGACGUUUUUGGGCGAUCGUCGACGGCAGCCAGGAUCGCGUGCACCAGGGCCGGAGCAUUUUGGGCGAGAUUGCCAUCUCCCUCGAUACACGGCGCCCGCCACGGCUAUAUUGCAGUCGAUAUAACCACUCGUCCUUUACGGCGUCGGCACCAGCGAAGUGCUGCCUGUUGACCGCAGACGAGAUUGGCCGCCACCGCCCGUCUAGUGCAUGAAUAUCAAUUUGGGCAGUUGGAGAAGAGCGCUGGCUUGCGGGGUUUUGCAGGCCGCACCCACACGAUCGCCUGACUGCAGCAGCCCGCUGUUUGACGGGGUGCAGAAGCAUCAUGGCCCACGGGCGUGGCACGCCGCUCCAGCUUCGGUCGCCCUUCAGCGAGAGUGCUCGCGAUCCCCGAAGCUCUGGAGAGCAGAUGCAUACUCCUCGAGCACAUCGAGCCAGAAACGGCAAGACGCCGCCAUCUGCAGCUAAACGUGGGCGGCUUUAUCCAAACGGCACAGCG